AUGCCGGCGAUAAAUUUGACGACACUAUCUCGGAGGGAUAUCAUGGAGAAGAUGGAGUCACACGACAACAAUGCCUGGUCAAUACUUGCCAUCACAGGAUCAUGGUGUUUUCUGGCGGUUAUCGUCGUGGCCAUGCGAGUAUACACACGACUUGUUGUGGUCAGAUAUCUGGGCUGGGACGACAUCUUUGCGAUCAUCACUAUGGUACUCGGUAUUGUGAUCUGGGGAUGCUUUGUUGGAGAAGCACACUGGGCACUUGGAAAACAUUGGCAAGCAAUCACUCCGGAAAUGCUAGAAAUGUACAGCAGAUGGCAGUUCGCACAUGGCAUGCUUAUGGUGUGGGCAUUGCAUGGCAUGAAGAUUGCGUUUGCGAUAUUUCUGCUCAGACCGAGCAACGGCAAACUCUUCAGAAGAGCACUCUUUACUGUUAUGUUUCUCGGAAUGCUCACAGAUGCUUUCUUGGCUCUGGUUCCUGUUCCAAUCAUCUCUGGAAUGCAACUUAACAUACGCACCAAGAUCUGCCUCCUUCUCGCUUUUGGCAUGGGACUCGCGGCAGUAACAUGCGGUGCUGUCAAAACCUAUCAUCUCUGGCAUUAUUUCCAAGACCGCGAUCGUCUCUACUACAACAGCUAUUUUGUCUGGGGAGCACUUGAAGUAUACGUUGGCACCAUCGCAGCAUGUUUGGUCAGCUUGAGACCUCUCAUUGCGUCCUUUCUCGACAAGGCAAAGUCUACGUUGAUGACGUCUGCAGCAAUUGCAAAGUCAUUGCACCAUCAUGGAUCUCCUAGACCUCACUCUCCACCUCAUCAUUCUCCCAAGUUUGAUGAAAAGACUGUACAGCAGUUUAAUACUCUCAACACUCAGAACUUCCCGCGCAUCGAAGUAUGUAGCGUCAGCGACUAUGAGAUGCCCGCCAUGCCGGCUGUAGCUGAGCGACCAAGGAUGUUCAGAGUGGAAAUGGAUAUGAGCAACCCCCCUACGCCACUCACAUCGAUUUCAGUCGCCGCUCNNAGCCCCAAAAAGUCGAAGAGGAAACACAGACCGGCUCCUCUGGACACAGCAGCAUUGAGUCGGCGAACCUCCUUAGAUUUGACAUGCAAGGGCGGAGUCCUUACUUCCCCUUCACCAACUUUCCUACCAUCGGCGGUUGACCUCGAUUUCCUGGACCUGGUCAAAGGAAGAGACCCGGAGACACUAUCUCAAAGCACAGGAAGCGAGGUUCAACUGCCAAACAGCAGAUUUUCUGCUUCUACAUUCGAUGUCAACUCCCCUGCCACAGUGACAACAUCCAACACUCCUCGUAGCUCUCUCUCAGUACCCAAGAUCUGCGGCCUUCUCACAUCUCCGUCGCCAACCUUCCUGCCUUCAGCCACGGGAAACGACUUUGACUUUNUCAGUCUCAUUCGCUGUCGCGACCCUGAGUCGCUUGCUGCCAGUAGAUACUCAUCUCGUCGAGGCACAAUCAUCUCCAUACCCGAGGAUCAGGGCAUCAGUUUCCCGGUAUCUCGCCGAGCCACUCUCGCACAUACUCGCUUCCAGUCUGGAGACUUUGGCGAAGCCAUCACAGCGACGGCACAAACACUGCAACGUGUUGGUGCUGGCGAAGUACGACGACGACCCAGCAUGGCCCCUUCAGCCAACUCUGCCACCUCUGCUUUCCUCUGUCCACCUGCUUAUUCUGAAGAGUUCCGAGACAGUCAGAUGUUCUUCCACGUUAUGAGCUCUGGCCAGUUCAGAAGCACUGCCGAGACGGCUGCAAAGAGGCUCGAGGUCGAAGAGACACCUGUGAGCCCGAUGUCUGAGGAGCCAAUGCAGAGAUUGGUUUUCAGAGAACAGCAGCAUGGUGGUAUCAAAUUCAGUCCCGUCUUCGAUGGCGGAUUUGCAGAUCUAGCAUCACGGGAGAGGAUUGAUUCUUCGCACGCUGCGUCGAAGAAGGACGAGUAG